AUGUCUUCUACAUCAUUUUCUAUUCUGUAUUUGGGUCAAUAUUCGGACUUUAUCCAGUUCCGACAAAUGACUUUACCAAACGCAAAAGGUAGCGAGGCAGCCGAGGCUUCGUACCCGUGGCCCGAUGGUCGGCCACAACCGUGGAAAAGGUGCCGGCGGAAGGAUAUCGAAAUUAUAAAUAGGGUUUACUGGUCCAGCGGUAUGGCUGCGAGUUACCUGUCCUGUGGUUCCGCCAGCGUACAAGGCGAAACGGAGGCUACAAUCGAGCGGGCCGUCUCAAAACAGAUUUUAUAUAGUUAG